AUGACUUUUAGCGAAUUAUUAGGUGAAAAACUUCUUCAACAUAAUGAAUCUGGCGAUGAAUACGCUGAAAUAUCAACAAAUCAACUUCAUGACAAAACUGUUGCACUUUAUUUCUCAGCUCAUUGGUGUCCACCAUGUCGAAGAUUUACACCACAAUUAGCUGAAAUUUUCAAACAACUUGAUAAUGAAUUCAAAAACAAACUAGAGAUUGUUUUUGUUUCAAGUGACGAAGAUCAAGCUACAUUUGAUGAAUAUUUCAAAGAGAUGCCAUGGAAAGCUUUACCUUACUCUGAUCGAGAUCGUUCAAUAGAAUUGGGUGAAAAAUUUAAUAUCGAAGGUAUUCCAACUUUAGUUAUUCUUUCUCCUACAUGUGAGAAAAUAACUUCGGAUGGUGUUGAAGAAGUACGUGCUGCAUCCAAUAAAGCUUUGGAAGAAUGGUCACAAGGAAAAUGUUUAUUUUGGUCACGUGAAGCUCGUGAAGGUGAAUUUGUUUGGAAAAAUGCUACUUGUAAUCUUUGUUAUAUGAAUCCUUUGGUUGGUCCACAUCAUGGUUGCACAAAUAAAGAAUGUAGUUUUGAUUUAUGUGAAACAUGUGUACCAAAUAAUAAACAUGAACAUCCUCUUGUUGAAUAUCUUAUACCUAAGAAAAUUUAUCCAUUAGAAACACUGUUUAAAUCAGUUCCUUAUUUACUCAAUCCAAAUAGUGAUGAAAAAGUUGAAACAAAAACAUUAUGGCAAAAUGAUGUUAAAAGUGUUGGAUUUUACUUUUCUGCUCAUUGGUGUCCACCUUGUCGUGGUUUUACACCGAUAUUGGCAGAACUUUAUAAAGAAAUACAAGCAACAUCUCAUGGUUUUCGUAUAGUCUUUAUAUCGUGUGAUCGAGAUGAAGAAUCAUUCAAAAAUUAUCAUUCAGAAAUGCCUUGGCCUGCUGUUCCAUUGGAUGCAGGUGCUCUUCUCAAGUUAUAUUUCCAAUUUUCUGGUAUUCCAUCGUUAUUUAUUCUUUCAUCAGAUGGAACAGUUUUAUCAAGUCGUGGUCGUAAUGAUGUUUCAUCUAAAGGAAUUGAAGCACUUCAGUCAUGGGCACGAGGAGAAAAAUUACCAUCUUCUUCGCCCGAUGAAUAUCAAUGGUCAUAUGUCCGAUGUGAUGGAUGCAACAUGAAUCCUCUUAUUGGUCAAAGAUAUUGUUGUUUAACAUGUGGUAAUUAUGAUCUAUGUUCGGCAUGCGAAAAGAAAGGACAUGAACAUCCACUUGAACGUGUACCACAACCAAAUGACGACGACGAUGAUUGA